ACCAGGAUGUGUUGAAAACCACUCAUGUACAGGCGGGACAACAAUUCAUAAUUAACUUUAGGCAGGGCUAAAGCAUUUGGUGCAUUUAUUUCUAUUGUACAUUGCUAUCUGAAGCGUUGUUAGACAAUGGCCUUCUUUGCUGGCCAUUUUCAGCGAACGUUAUUUAUACAGCCACAACAUAUUUAAAGUUUUGAGUUACAUAAGAAUUUUGAAACAUUUCGCACACCCAAGGUGAGGCUUUCUUUGUGUGUUCUUGUUCGCUUUGCUCUUGGUUAAUUGUUCCAAUUUUUUUAUAUUUUUUAUACAUUUCCUAGUCUGGCCACGAUUCAAUCAUUAAGUGUGUUUAAAAUAAUGGGGCUUGGUAACGUUUUCAUAAUAGGAAAUUUCAAAAUUUUUAUUGAGUUAAGAAUUGUUUCCUAUUUACAUUUUAUAUUAUUAUGUUUACUAUACACCCAGAUAAAUACGUGAACAAAUGCCUGUAACGUAUAAUAAAAUACUUUUCUCAUUUGAAUUGUUUCAUUUACUUAAAUUAAAUUCUUUUAUAGUGGUUUAUAUAAGUAGAGCAUUAAUGACAACAGCUUUUAAACUCAUUAUUAGUGGUAUACAUAAGUAGAGCAAUAUUGUCAACAGCUUUUAAACUCAGUAUUAGUAGAAUAUAUUAGUAGAACAUUAUUAACAACAGCUUUUAAACUCAGUAUUAGUGGUCUAUAAAAGUAGAACAUUGCUGACAAUAGCAUAGAAUGCGUGGCGUAGAAUAUUUGAUUAAUCGUUCUCAAAUUUUUACACUGCAAUAACGUCUCUAAAUUUUUCAGCCAUAAUUCUGAUAAAGAUGGGUCAUUGGAGCCGUUUUCUCACCUGUGUGCUUAUCAUGGCUGUGUGUCUCAAAUCAGUGGCUAUGACUGGGAAUCAUAAUGUUUCUUUAAAAUUGAAAUAUAACAACAGUUCAUAUGUAGACAAUGUAACGGAAAGUCAGCUUUCAAGGUUAGUGAGUUUAUAAAUCUUCAUUGAAAGUUUGAAAAACACACGCAUAAAAAUGACAUAUAGAUAUGUUUUUAUUUAUUUUAGGAACCAUCAUUAAAAUAUGGAUAGAUCUAAACGUGGCAUACAAUGGCAGCUCUAUGACAAGAUUUUUAAAAAAAAACGAAAAUGAAAAUUAUCAAUAAUUUAACUAAAGAGAACCCGUUAUUAAAAUUUUCAAAGCUUUUAAGUUGACUAAAAUAACUAUAGAUCCAAUCAGAAUUCCGAAUUUUAUAUUAUAGAAAUUGUGAAAUAAUGGAUAAAUAAUGCUGCAAUAAGUAUUACAAAGUAUUUUUAUUUUUUUAAAAAUUAAAGCAAAAAAUUUAAAAAAAAAAUAUAUAUAUAUUUUUUAAAGUGGUUAAAGUCUAAACAGUUUAUAUAGGAAUACUUUAAUCAAUGUUAUAUUGCUAAAACAUAUCCCACUCAAUGCUUAGUUUCAUUGUUGAAAGGUGUUAUUUAACAACGUGUUUCGUUUUCUUAGUAUUGGCAAAAUAUAUUUUUCAGCAUCAACUUGCCGCAUCUGUGUAACGUCUCAAAAAAUCAAGUUAUUGACAACAAAGAAGCAAGUACACAUUUUAACAUUCAUUGCAAGGUUUCUCGACAGGGAAUUAAACUCUCGAUACCGUGCAAUUUAUCUGAGUCUUCUCAGAGAUGUUUACCAGGAGUACAUCUCAAUCAUAGAUCUUGUCCUAACAUCCCCGUGUUAUUUAACAAUGCGACGAUCCUGUACCUUGAUUCCAAAAUCCUAAGUUUUCGCAACUGUUACUCUUGGCCGUUUGAAGUAAUUAUCAUUGCAAGUUGCACUUCUGUGACCCUGAUUAUGAUAAUCUUCAGCUGUAUCGUCAUCAUUCGAAAGUGUUUGAGAACCAAACCCAGUGAAAUCGUUGCUGAAAUAACUACAUUAACUGUUUGUGUCGAAACUUUAAGUAAGCCUGAAGAUGUCGCCUCUGGGGAAAUCCUAACAAAUAAUAACAUCUUAAGAACACCAUCUCCAAAAAUAUCUGAAAAAAUCAACAAUAUGCAUUCGACAGUUGAAGGGGGCGUGAAAAAACCCGAACGAGACUCUUCAUUGGCAGAUUCAGGAACUAAACUUUUAUCUGAAAUACAAACGAGUAAAUUUAUUGAUAUGCGUCAAAGCGUCAGUGGAAAUAGCGGUAGCAGCAAAAUCGAUUUCAUAGAUGAAUGUAAUGUCUACUCCUUCAUUGCAAACGAAGACAGGGAUGCUCUCCACGCUAACGCCCGAGAUCCGAGAUCUCAGCCACCAACACUAAGCACCAUUGACAGCAGUACCACUGUGGGGACAACCAGAGAUGGGGUAAAUGACACGAGAGGUGUGUAUUUUAUUCUUGGUGAAGAAAUUCGAGAUUUUCAAAACCCGUACAAUGAAACUCCGACAGUGAGAGACCGAAGAGACAGAGCAUCAUCGACCUGUGCAACGAAUAGACUAGAUUUGGUUCAGACUGAAAGAACUAUGCAGUUGAAGUUGUGUGAUACCGGGCCAAACGAUGUCUACUCGAGGCUUGGAGAGGAAAUCAGAGAGUUUGAAAAUACUUAUAACUUAUAAGAUGACUCCUGCUGAGAAGGAGACCUCGUCGUGUAACGAGUGAAGAGGAUGUGGAAAUAAAUAUUACUGUUUUUUUGCUUGAAAGCAAACGAGGCUCGUUUUCUUUGAGUAGAUGAAAAUUUUUCAUUAACUAACUCAGAUUUUAACCGUAAAUGUCUGCUCAUUAAUGUACAGAAUGAUUGCACAUUAUAUAGAGAUUAACUAUAUAAUAUGUUCUUUAUAAAUCAAUAAGGGCAAAUAUGUUUAGAACUUCCGUAGUGCACAUGAUUACAUGGUAAUAUGUUUUACAUACAUAUUAUAUGAUGAAUAAAUUAGAGUUAUAUUUUUAAUUUUGUUAUACACGAUUUGGAUUUUAAGCACUCGGUGUCAGGACAAGCUGCCUAACACUGAGGUCUUGGAACGUGCACACAUGUUUAGCAUAUUCUCCAUUCUUAGCAAGAGGUGUCUUCGCUGGUUAGGCAACGUAAGGAGAAUGUAGGAAGGAUGUAACCCAAAGAUGCUACUGUAUGGAGAGUUGGCCGAAGGGACAAAAAUUAUUGGAUGGCUACGCCAGAGAUUUAUGGACUUUUGCAAAAGGAGCCUGGGGGAAAGACAUCAUCUAAACAUUGAAUGGGAGCUCAUUGCCGAACAACGUUCAAGCCAACGAACAGCAGUGUAUGAAGAAGUAAAAGAAAAGGCAGAAGAUACGUGAAACGAGACCCUUGCAACGAAAAUAAGAAUACGGACGUCAAAUUCUUACAGGAAUCAUUAUUCUCCCGCGAGAUGCGGUCGAGAGUGUCAUUGUAGGAUUGGCCUAGUGAGCCACUCGUCAAAUUGUAGGACUGCAUAGCUACCCCAUCGUCUCGCGAAGACGGAAGGAUGCCAUAUAAUACACGAUCUAAAGAUAUACAUAUGAUUUGUAAAUUAUAUGUUAAUUUCUGUUCAGAUAAUAAAAUUAAAUGACAUGUAUUAAAUGAUGAUAGUUACAUGUUGUACCUGGGUUAAAACUGGUAUCAUUGUUGUCAUCGUAUUAGAACCACUCGAAGUAGUGUAUAUUUAUUAUAUCAGAUAAUAUUAACUUAACUAAAGACUCCGUUACUUAAAUGUAAACUAAGAUACAGUCCAUGAACGCGAUUAGGAGUGGUAAAUAUGGAUGUCAUAGUCAGCUAUAGCCGAGUUGGUCAUUCAAUAGAUUCUAUAGAUGAGGCAUUAGUUGAUCAUGAGUUAUAUCGUAUAUUUAAUAAAAUGUCCAAUAAUAUAGAAGAGGAAAGUGGUAGGAAAACCUCAAACAAACAUCGUGUAGAGCAGACUUCUAGCAAGACCCAUGUUGCGCUUUUUAAAUGUAGCUAGUAGUCGUAACUGAAAAAUUGUAUAUGAGUAGGCCUAUCAAAAUGUAGAGAAAGUGGAGGCAAACAAGUACUUAGGUGUGACCAUUCAUCAUAAACUAACAUGGCAUUAGCACGGCCAAAUGGUUUAUAAUAAAUUCAACCAAAGACUGUUCUACCUCAAAAAACUGUACAAUUUCGGUUAUAAGCAAGCAGGUCGUUAACUUAUUCUACCGUGCAACUAUUGGAAGCCUGAUUAAUUUCAAUAUUACCUGCUGCUGUGGGAAUUCAACGUCUGAUAUUAAACACCGCAUAAAUCGACUAAUCAAGAAAGCUAGGAACAUAACACAAACUAAACAUCCUUUACUGUAAGAAAUAUUUGAAGAAAGUUGUUUUUGCAAAACUAAACACAUUUUGGAUGAUACAUCCCACCCUCUUCAUCAAAGAUAUUUAGGAUCGAGCCGUUUCGGGACGAAUUCUUUCCAUCAGGGCGAGGACUGACAAAUAUAAAAAUUAUUUUGUUCUCCAAUCUGUACGAAUUUACCGGCGUGCACCCUCUAAAGACACACAUCUGAAUGAGAACUAAUAAGUCCCCGAUUUUGCUACGAGAACUCACUGAAUGGCUGUUUGAGAUCAUUUAUUAUAAGUGUCUUGUCUUCAAAUUAUUUUAUUUUUGAGCUGAAAAUGUAUAAUGCAAUAAAAAAAACAUGCUCAUUUAUUUGGAUCAAUAAAAGAAUCGUAUCUUAUCUGAUAGAUAGAUAUUUAUAUAGAAGGUAUACAAUUGAGUGGCCAAUUAGUCUAAACUGGGCAAAUCUCAAGUUGGUGGUCUGGAGAUCAAUUCCAGCCAGAGCCCAGUCAAGCAAAAAACACCACCAGAACCCCGGGUAGAUGGGACUCGUUAACCUGGGAAGGAAACUCAUCUAAGAGAAGGAAACUCUGAAAUGAAAACCCGGAGAUGGAGUCCCGAAAGGUGGAUAACAUUGAUACAAUGAAACAUUCCGACAACUCCUGCGACGUCACU